AUUCGCCACGCCAUAAGUUAGUUGUUUGUGACGCUAAAAUUAGUAAAAAUGGAUUAUUUGAAAAGUGGCUUAAAAUCUGUUUUGGGUGCCCAAGCAGAUUCACAACAACCAACCGCAGCUGAAACAGUUGAACGGUUAGUUGAAAGAGUCCAGACUUCAACUCUCUUAGAUGAUCGUCGAGAUGCUUGCCGUGCCUUAAAAUCCAUGUCAAAGAAAUUCAGGGUAGAAGUGGGAGCCCAGGCAAUGGAUGCUCUUAUUUAUGUGAUUGAAAUGGACCGCAAUGAUGCUGAAAUUGUGGGAUAUGCCUUGGAUGCUCUUUCAAAUGUCAUCUCUGGACCACAAGAUGAUGAAGAUUAUAUUGAAGGACAAGAAGAACAAGACCUUGGAACUCAGUUCACAGAAAUUUAUAUCAAAAGAACAGAGAAUGUAACUCUACUAUUAGAUUUACUGGAGGAGUUUGAUUUCAAAGUGAGAUGGCCAGCGGUUAAGUUAUUCACUGGUUUACUGGAGUGUCGGCCUAAAGAACUUCAGGAGUGUGUCCUUGUCAGUCCCAUGGGAGUUUCUCGAUUAAUGGACCUUCUGUCUGAUAGCCGUGAAGUUAUUAGAAAUGAUACUUUGCUGUUGCUUGUUAAUCUCACAAAAGGAAACGCCAAUAUUCAGAAAAUAGUUGCCUUUGAAAAUGCUUUUGACAAAUUACUGGAUAUAAUAGCUGAGGAAGGAUAUAGUGAUGGAGGUGUAGUUGUGGAAGAUAGUAUGGCUGUACUGCUCAACCUGUUGAAAAAUAACUCUUCCAAUCAGAAUUUUUUCAAGGAAGGAAGCUAUAUUCAGAGGUUGACCCCUUAUUUUGAAUUACAAGGAGAUUCAUCAGGAGGAGAUAUGGGGUGGUCAGCACAAAAAGUCAGCAACUUACACUUGAUGCUACAGGUUAUAAGAACACUCGUGUCUCCUAACAACCCACUUCAAGUAAUAUCAUCAUGUCAAAAAGUAAUGAAUCAGUCAGGUCUACUUGAACGGCUGUGUAAUAUACUUAUGGCAAGUGGUGUUCCUGCUGAUAUUCUAACAGAGACCAUAAACACAGUAGCAGAAGUAAUACGAGGACAUCAUGCCAAUCAGGAAUACUUUGCCACAGUUAGUGCUCCUUCCAGUCCACCUAGGCCAGCUAUUGUUGUGCUUCUGAUGUCCAUGGUUAAUGAAAAACAGCAGUUUGUUUUACGCUGUGCAGUUCUGUACUGCUUUCAGUGUUUCUUGUAUAAAAAUGAACUUGGUCAAGCUCAAAUCGUACAAACACUUCUUCCAACCUCAGCUGAUGUGACAACCAUAACUGCUGGUCAGUUACUUUGUGGUGGACUGUUUAGCUUAGACUGUUUGUCCAACUGGUUUGCUGCAGUUGCUUUGUCACAUUCUCUUGUUGAUAAUCCAACACAGAAAGAGCAGUUGCUGCGUGUUCAGCUUGCUACAAGUGUCGGAAAUCCGCCAAUCUCCCUGAUGAAACAGUGCACUACUAUAUUGCAACAGGGUGGAAAAGUGCAAACACGACUGGGCUUACUGAUGCUAUUGAGUACGUGGUUGGCUCACAGCACUCAAGCAGUUUCUCACUUUCUUAGCAUACCAACUAACGUUCCUUAUUUAACUUCACAAGUUGGUUUGGCAGAAGGAGAUGAACAUGAAGACUUGGUUCAGGGACUUUGUGCCUUUUUACUUGGUAUUUGCAUUGAAUUCAAUGAUGAUUCAGUUCCAAGCUUCACAAGAGAGAACUUAUGUCAACUAAUACUGAAACGUAUUGGUCAAGAAACUUUCUUUGACAAAUUAGGCUCUGUAUCCAAGCAUGAACUUUACAGUCGUGCUGCACAGAAACCUCAUCUGAAAUAUAAACAAGCUAGUGAGGUUCUCUUCGAUUAUGAAUUUUGUCGUCUUUUCAAGUCAUUAGAAGGUGCAGUCAUCAGAGCAGUUCAACCAAAACCUAAAGAUUUAGUGAAUGGACCAGAAUCCAACAUGACAGUCCAACAACAUAGUUUGUUACAGCAAUACAAAGAUGUUAUUAGAGAACAGGACCAAAGACUAAAUGAACUACAGAAAGAAUUCACUGAGCUGAAGAGUGAAAGUGAGAAAUCCCAAUCUCAUAUUGAAGAAAUGACAAGUACAAUACAACAGCUUCGAGAUCAGAAUGCAUUGUUGAAAGCACAGCGAGUGGCCUCCCAAUCAACAGAAAGAAGUGGAAGUCCUAGCAGUACUGAUAUAAAUAAUCUCCAACAUGAGAAAGAAGAAUUACAGAAACAGCUAGAAAAUCUUGAAAAAAAUCUUAAAGAACAAAAAGAUUCCUGUGAAAAACUGAAGAAAGAACUGGAAGAACAGAAAGAAAAGAAACAGGCAGAAGCUCAAAAACAGGAGCCAUUAGUAAAUGAUUCAGAAUUAAUAGGAACAAUAGAGCAGCAAAGACAAGAGAUCACAGAACUUAAGCAGACUAUUAGCAGAUUAGAAGAAGAAGUUAAGACAAAGAAAGAAAUUAGUGAAGAAAAACAGGGAGAGUUAUCAAAGUUAGCAGAAGAGAAACGAAGGUUACAACAAAGGCUGGCUCGUGUCAAUGACAAAAACCAGAAGCUAGAAGAUGAAAAAUCAAGAAUACAAAAGGAAAAACAGAAAAUUCAAGAAGAAUUAGAUUCUACAAAGAAAGAACAGGAAGACCUUCUUAUACUCCUUACUGAGCAGGAUAACAAGCUAACAACCUACAAGAAAAAACUUAGAGAGCUUGGGGAAAAGGUUGAAGAUGAUGAUGAAGAUGAUUUAAAUGAGGAUGAAGGAAAUGAUGAUGAAGAUAUUGAUGAAGUUGAAGAGUAAGAGUAAUCCAGACAAGGAACAGAAAAUAAUAUAUUGUUAAAGAAAAACUGGGUCAUCUUGUCUGGUUAGCUAGUUAAAAAGCUAAACAAAUGAUCGAAUAGUAAUUAUUUUUCUCUUUAAUUUUCCUUGCUUUGGUUUAUGCUUUGAAGUUGUCAUUAUUCACAAAAAUAUUUUAUGCAAAGAAAUUUUUCAGUAGUUUUGUUAAACAAAGAACCUUCUGGACGUGUAGAGUAUAAAAAAAAAACAAUUUUGUUAGCUCAGAAUGUUGGAAGUUGAGAUGUUAUGCAGUUUAAUGUACUCAGUAAAAACUUGUGCAUGGUACAUGUGUUUGUGCACUGAACGUAUUGUUAAGAAACUCACAAUUUUAUUUGAUAUUAAAGAAUUAAAGAUAAACUCACCUUAUCAUUAUUGAUUCUUAACAUUGUGAUCCUUGAAUGAUUAAAAUUAUGAGUUGCUACCUGUAUCGUGCAGUUUGAUAAUAUAUAGGUUUUUGUUCAGUCAUAAAUGAAAAAUUUAAAAUCUUGUUGUUUUUGGUUGUCAGUUUAAAAGGAUUUGUUUCCUUCAGCGAACAAAGUCAUUUUUCAAUGGGGGGGUAUAUGUAAAGUCAUACACAGAUAUUUUUUAUCAAACUUAAAUCUAGGACUCAUUUUGUUUUCUAACUUUUGCUUGAGGAAGAAGCUUUUAGUUACUUGAUAGUCUCCUCUUUAAAGGAAAUGUGGAGGAUGAAUACCCAGUACCUAUAGCUAAAUAUUGUGAAAUGUAACAAUGAUAGAUUAAAAUACAAUGUUUUUGUAACAGCUGACGAUAUUGUAGAAAAUAUUUCAGUAAGACAGCUUUCUAUUCAUUUUUUCUUAAAUCGAGAUUUAUUUAAAAAAUAAAUGGCCUUAAGGAACUUUGUACUACAAAUUAAAAAACUGAAUGAUUAGAUGCUGUUAUACAAAAACUAAAUAAUGGCAAUUAAUUUGUGAUUAUUUGUUUUGCACAUUUAUAUAGCUUUAUAAAUACUUAAACAUUUCCCUUGCAAAAAGUAAACAUAUUCUAACAUUUCUUUGACCCUACUUUAAAAAAGAAAAAAAACAUUAUUUAGAUUAUUUUUCCCCUUGGCUGUUGUAUGUAUAAAUUACAUGCUUAGAAAAUUAAAUAUUCAUAAAAUUACAUCAUUUGAGAAUAAGUGUACAUGUACUACAGAAGUUAAUAUUUAUAAGCAUGAACCAUGUACUAGCUAUAACUUUUUUAUUUUAUUUUUGCUAAUAAGCUGAAUUAUCAAUAAAUUGUCACUUGUUUUUUAACUUCUGUUUUAGAGAAAUCUGUGUACUGUGAAAUUAGUUUUCUUUCUGACAAAUGUACAUUGGUUUGGUGGUGAGAAAAUAAACAGAAAUUUGUCCGUCUCAGAA